ACAGUUCACGCAUUGGAGAAAACGUUGGAUCAUGAAAAUCAGGUUUUGUAUAAUAAAUUAGGAUUGCAUUGGCGUUUAGCGAGGAGGCCGGUCGAUUUGAGCUAUAGUAUGACUGAGUAUGUACUUCUCCUUGAAAUGCUUCCGAAGGCACCACUUCUCUUGCCCGAUUAA